ACGACUUAUUCAGAAGCGCUUCUUCGGAGAAGCACUUUUCUCACGCGCAUUGGCUCAAGCUUUCUCGGUUUCUCUUGUGCGACACUCUCUCAAACUCAUGCUCUCUCCCUCUCAAUUCUUACACAACAACAACAACAAUUACGAUGCAGAUUCUCUUGGUCUCGAAUUGGUUGGAUUUGGAUUUCGGAACUGAUUCGAAUUGUUAUCGACUUAGGAUUCGAUUCGUGUUGGGGUUCAGAAUCUGUUUGCGCUCGAAAAUUCAACUCAGAGCAGUUUGAGUUAAAGUUACAACAAGCAUAUGAUAUCAUAAAGCUGAGAAUGGAGGAAUGCUUACCGGUUGAAGCGAUGAGAAGAAAAUGCAGCUUUCAAUCUUGCUCACAAGGAUGAGUUCAUCUGAGGAUAAGCCAAUAAACACAAGAGACUUCUGUCAUGUGUACAUUAGAAGAAGAAGAAGAAAUAUAACUGGUGCUUCUGGAAAAGUAGUACGAGAUUUGGAUCUAAACGCUCCCCCACCUGCAGAACCAGCUUCUAUGCCUAAAACUGAUGGCACAUUUGAAAUCGGAGAUGAUACACCUGUCUCUCCUGCUCGCAAUCUCUUCCAACGAGAAGUAAUAAUCCCUCGCAGGAAGCGAAGCACCAUCAACCGCAAGCCACGGCGCUACCCGCGAUGGAGAAUUGUUCAAUCCAAUCAAUGGAACCAAAACCCUGCCACACUAUGGAGGCCAUCAGUCGACGUGGAAGUUACUUGCAAAGAUGAAGGUCGUUGCACUUGUUAGCGGCGCCAAAGAUAGUUUUACGCUAUGAUGAAGUCUUCACUAUGGCCACCAGUUUUUUUUCUUCCUCGACUUCUUAUUGUAAUUCACACUCCAUUUGAUGUUGCAUUAGAUUGUAGUGUUGGCGAAUUUAAUGUCGGGUUGAUGUAAUUCACACUCCAUUUGAUUAUAUAUGGUUUCAACCUAUUUUGACA